GGAGACGCAAAGAGAAAAUCAGUCAGAGUCAGAGUAAGCUAACAAACAAACUGCGAUUACCUUCCAACGUUCAAUUUCCCAAGCAACUCUGCUGUCUGAUCCUGCCUGACCUGUAGACUCGAGGAUUUACUUAAGCAGAACCUGCCUGACGUCAUGAAGUAGGCGAAAAGAUCUCAAAAAGCAACACGUUCAUCCCUGAUCUAAGAAAUUCAAGGAAGUCAUUUACAUCAGUCUGGAAAUGGUUGCUGAGACAUUUUUUUUCUGGGACUCCAGUAGUCCCAGUAGACAUUACAUCUGGUGGGACGUAAUACCAGAACACGGUGGUGGUAGUGUGAUGGUCUGGGGCUGGAAAGACUGAAUGUGAUAAAAUCUGAAAAAUGGAUAUGAAUCUUUUUAUUAUAUUAAUAAUUAAUGUAGUACUUUUAAAGUGGUGCUGAUGCAGCAGAUGAACAACAUCGGCUUCAGGACUUUUCAUCCUGAAGGUUUCUGAGCAGAAUGAGGGUCUGAAAGGACUGAUGCUUCCUGGCACUAAAUAUCAGCUUAAUAAAACCUGACUGCAUGUCGUCAGAAACGCACGGCAUGCGAGGUCGAAGGUUUAUGGGAGGAGAGUAUCAAGCAGAUGAGGUUGUUCUCCCCGUCCUUGUUUGAUGGGUGAUUUGUUUGAGCUGCUGCUUGGUUUUACCAAAGAGCAGAGAGCUGUGAAGGUCUGACUGGAUGAUUAUCGGAGCCAGCGGCCCUGUCACUCACCUGGGAGCUGAACGCCACUGCCUGCUAACCUGCACGCCUUCAGGUUUGGAUGUUUUAUCAGCCUUACAGACCACUCAGGUCUUCUGGAUCCCCAGAAUUCACUUUUUAUGCCUCUCUAAUCUGGAACAAACUUCAAAACAGCCAAAACACUGAGUUCCUUUAAAUCACAGCUAAAAACCCCAAAAAGCUGCUUUUGAUUAGUAGUAAGUAAGACAUUGAUCAACCUAAUCGAUGUGUAUUUGCUUGAUGGCAUUUGAUAAACUGCCAUGUUUAUUGCUCGUUUCAUAAUUUAUGACUGUGUGAUGUUUUUAUGAUGUAAAGAACUUUGAACUGCCUAGUUGCUGAAACCUGAUACACAGAUAAACUUGGCCUGACUUUAUUUAUGCCGUUCAUUUGGUUAGUCAUCUUCCAGGCUUUUCUUAACCCUGAUAUUCCUCCCUCUUCUUCCUGCUCAAACACACCUUGAAGCUGGGAGGAACCAACACCUGCUGAAGGUGAAAGCUGAUUGGCUGCAGCCUCUCUGUAUUGACACCUGAUUUACAGAUCAGAGCUCAACCCUGUUUCUGUCUCAGGAAGUGAAAAUCACAGUCGCUGUGACUGAGAGCAGAAAUGGAGCAGAAUCAGCUGGACAGAGAAACUUUCUCCUGUUCGAUCUGUUUGGAUCUGCUGAAGGACCCGGUGACGAUUCCCUGUGGACACAGCUACUGCAUGAUCUGUAUUACAGACCACUGGGAUGCAGAGGAUCAGAAGGGAAUCCACAGCUGCCCUCAGUGCAGGGAGACAUUCACACCCAGGCCUGCACUAAAGAGGAGCACCAUGCUAGCAGCUUUAGUGGAGCAGAUGAAGAAGACUGGACUCCAAACUGCUCCUGCUGAUCACCGCUAUGCUGGACCUGAAGACGUGGCCUGUGAAAUCUGCACUGGGAGGAAACUGAAAGCCAUCAAGUCCUGCCUGGUCUGUUUGGUUUCCUACUGUGAGAAUCACCUCCAGCCUCACCUUGAUGUCCCUGGACUGAAGAAUCACAAGCUGGUGGAGCCGUCCAGGAACCUGCAGGAGAACAUCUGCUCUCAGCAUGAUGAGGUGAUGAAGAUGUUCUGCCGCACCGAUCAGAAGUGUAUCUGUGCUUUCUGUUUACUGGAUGAACAUAAAGGUCACGACACAGUGUCAGCUGCAGCAGAAAGGACUGAGAGGCAGAAAGAGCUGGAGGAGAGACGAGGAAACAUCCAGCAGGGAAUCCAGGACAGAGAGAAAGAUGUGAAGCUGCUUCAACAGGAGGUGGAGGCCAUCAAUCACUCUGCUGAUAAAACAGUGGAGGACAGUGAGAAGAUCUUCACUGAGCUGAUCCGUCUCCUCCAGAAAGGAAGCUUUUAUGUGAAGCAGCAGAUCAGAUCCCAGCAGGAAACUGACGUGAGUCGAAUCAAAGAUGUUCAGGAGAAGCUGGAGCAGGAGAUCACUGAGCUGAAGAGGAAAGACGCUGAGCUGGAGCAGCUCUCACACACAGAGGAUCACAACCAGUUUCUCCUCAACUUCCCCUCACUGCCACCCAGGGAGCCUAAAGGCUCAUCCAGCAUGAACAUCCGUCCUCUGAGACACUUUGAGGACGUGACAGCAGCUGUGUCAGAGCUCAGAGAGAAACUACAGGACGUCCUCAGAGACUCAUGGAGAACCAUCUCACUGAUGGUCAGUAAGGUGGAUGUUCUACUGUCAGAACCAGAACCAGAAUCAAUAACCAGAGCUGGAUUCUUAAAGUAUUCUUGUGAAAUCACACUGGAUCCAAACACAGCAUACAGAUACCUGGUGCUAUCAGAGGGGAACAGGAAGGUGACACUUAUAAAGCGACUUCAGUCUUCUUCCAGUCACCCAGACAGAUUCACUAAAUAUUCUCAGGUUCUGAGCAGAGAGAGUCUGACUGGACGUUGUUACUGGGAGGUGGAGUGGAAAGGAAUGAUUUCUGUGGCCGUCGCAUACAAGAACAUCAGCACGGCAGGGCAGGGGAAGAAAUGUGGAUUUGCAGGUAAUGACAUAUCGUGGGCUUUAGAUUGUUCCAGUUCUAAAUUUGGUCACAACAACAUCUGGACUGACGUCUCAGGUCCAGUUUCCUCCAGAGUCGGAGUGUACCUGGACCACAGAGCAGGUCUUCUGUCCUUCUACAGCAUUUCUGAAACCAUGACUCUGAUCCACAGAGUUCAGACCACAUUCACUGAGCCGCUGCAUGCUGGAGUUACAGUUGGUUGGUUUGGAGCCUCGGCAGAGUUCUGCAAACCCAACUAGCCUUCCUCUGUUGUCUCUGCUGUUGGUCAGGGUUGUUACUCUGUUGUCUCUGCUGUUCUGUACUUUGUUUUUCUGGGUUAAAUGUUCUCAUCACUGCUGAUGUGUUGAUGGAAAUUUGAAUAGCAGUGCUAAUGUUAAAUCAUAAUUGUAAAGAAUGACAAGCAAAUAUUAAUGCAUGUCACACUGAAUUAUAAGUUAUUUCUAAUCUUUUGUUUUAUUAGUU